AUGGACCUCCCGAUCGUCACCUACAACGAGGAAGACUACGUCAAGACCAGCGUCGGGAAUCUGGUCUACAAGCGCGCCACCCUCUGCGGAUCCCAGAACAUUGUGCUAAAUGGCAAGUGCAUCCUGCAGAAGGAUUGCGUGUUCCGGGGAGACAUCGCCCCCAUCCGCAUCGGCAAAUACGUGAUCAUCGGAGAGGGAUCGGUAAUUCGCCCGGGUUCAAAGGUGCUGCAGGCUGCAGCGGCGUUCGUGCCCGUCCAAAUCCUCGACCACGUUUUUAUCGAAAAGGACUGUGUGAUCAUGGCCGCGCAGAUCGGCAUGUACUGCCACAUCGGCGCCGACUCGAUCAUCGGUCGCAACACGUGCCUGAAGGAGUGCUGCGAGGUGAAGCCCGGGUCGGUCGUGCUUCCAGACUCCGUCUUCCCGCCCUUCUCGCUGAUCGCCGGAAAUCCCGCAAAAGUCGUCGGCUGCACGGCCCCUGCCAGGCUGACC